GUCUUUCUAAGUUUCUUAAUAUUCCUAAAAUGAGUUCCAGAAGUGUUUUCCGUAAAGCGUCCUUGAGGAAGCAAACAACAGGUUCAAGAACUACUACAGUUGAUAAUUUGAGCUGUGAGGAUGGAUCCGGGCUAAGGGACAUGCUAUUCCAUGCUACCAUGGACCACCGGAUCAACAGCUACCGCCUCAUCAUGGAUUCCACAAGGGCCGUCCUGAGGUCCGAGGGAACAGGCAGUUGUGGAUCCCCAGGAUUAGACCGCACUCUGGAAGAUGUGUUUGAGGAACUGAUCCUGGGAGAAGAGUUUGAGGAGCCUUCCACAGAUGGACGAUUAGACCUUGUCCAGGAACUCCUCACCACGGAGCAUGUGUAUUGUACACAGCUGAGAAGUGUUCUGGAUGUAUAUGCAGAGCCCCUAAGGAAGUUUUCCUCUCUGACAUCAGAGGAUCAUCGAAUCCUGUUCAUGGGUAUAGAACCGAUUCUGUCUAUCAGUGCCAUGUUGAUGUCCAAGUUAGAAGAUACUCUCAAGUCCUGGGAUCCUAAUGGAACACAGAUAGGUAACCUGUUCUCUAGCAAGCUAUGGAAUCACUACGAAGAAUAUUGUGAUAACUACGCAGACACUCGACAAUUGCUAGAAGACAAGCUCAAGUCUGAAGAUUCAUUUGUGGCUUUCUGUGAUUUGAGACGAGGGAAGGCAGAACACACCAUCCAUACUCUGCUUCAUCUUCCUGUACAAAGAAUACCUGAGUAUGAUAAAUACCUGAGUGACCUUUUAGAUGAAACUGACCAUGGUCAUCCUGAUUAUGAUGACCUCUACCGGGCACAUGCAAGGGUCAAGAAAAUGGUGAGGGAACAUGAAGACGAAUUUGGUACAAGUCCCGAAAACCUCAGAAUGGAUAGCAUACAAAAACGGUUCCCUAAUGAUGACCUUCAGCUGCGCGAAUCUUCAUCCUCAGCAGCACAGAGACUACGCAGUCUUUCACAGCGACGACGCUCAGCACCUGGAGCUGUGCUGUUCAAGACACUUGGAAAUCGCUCCAAGAGCACCACCAGCCUUGGGUCACACGGUGCAAUGGGAAAGAAAGAAAUGGACAUAGUGAACCCAUUCCGACAUCCGGAUACGGUCAACCGUCAAUACCUCAUGGAGGGCCAGGUGGAAUUCUGUCGAUCAGAACACCUGUUCGACCGGUACCUCUUCCUGUUUAAUGAUCUUCUCCUGGUGGCAAAACAGAAAACAAGUACAACGUUCAAACUGAAGGCACGUGUUCGGGUGUGUGAGAUGUGGAUUUCCAAUACAGUACAGGACAUCACUGACCUUCCACGUCCCCUAGACAGGUCUUUUGUCAUUGGCUGGCCGACAACUAAUGUCAUAGCAACCUUUAAGUCUACAGAAUCUAAGGAACUCUGGUUUAACAAAUUAACAGAACAAAUUGAGGAAGAGAAAUCAAAAGAAACAGAAUCCUGCCAAAUGAAGUUAGAUGUAUUUUACAGGGAUCUGGAACAGAAAUGCACUAUUGAUAUUGAUUGUAAUAUGGAAGCUAAGGAUGUACUGAAGAAAUGUCUGGAGCACUUUCAGAUUCCGGAAUCAGAAGGAAGUGAAUACCAGAUAUGUGUUAAGUCUGGCAAAGAGGAUACUCCUUACCCGCUUGUCGGCCACGAGAACCCAUUCAAUAUAAAGAUGAGCCAUGUCCGUGAUAUUUACCAGACCAAACCAGAUGAACCCAUAAUUCCAGCAGAUUAUGAUAAAGUCCUGGACGAAGCACCUGCUGAUCUUAGAUGUCAGUUUUACCUGAAACACAAUAAGAAGUCACCAAAGAAAGGCUAUGGAGAUGACAUGGCAAAACAUGGCAAGAAGGACAGGAGCAAAAGUCUUAUGAAAUUCUUUCGUCGAAAUAAGGAUGACAAGAACAACAACAUGGCACCAUCUGGGAAGUUGUUUGGACAUCCACUGGAGGAUGUUAUCACUGCUAAUGGUCUUCCUAAGUGUAUCAUGGAGCUUCUCAAGAUAUUAUUCCGGGAAGGACCACACACAACAGGAAUCUUCAGGAAGUCCGCAAAUGCCAAGAAACAGCGAGAGUUGAGACUCAGACUUGAUGAGGAUGAUGCUGACUUAGAUGAAGAUACUGGUGCUCUGGUUGUUGGUGCUGUACUCAAGGAGUACUUGCGAAGUUUACCUGAAUGUUUGUUAUUAGACAAGUUAUAUGAUGAUUGGUUAAGUCUUAACGAUGAUAAAAACGACAACAGUCCACAUAAGCUUGCCCGAGUGAAAAGUCUGCUGAUACAGCUUCCUCCCUGUCACUUUGACCUGCUGCGACACCUUAUGUGUGUGUUGUAUUAUAUUGAGAAAAGAAGUUCCGACAACCUUAUGACAGCGUAUAAUUUGGCUGUGUGUAUUGCUCCUAGUAUUCUCUGGUCAAGAUCACAGACUGACCCCUUGAAGGAUUUAGCCAGCACUACCCCACUAGCUAUUGUUGCCUACCUCAUCAAAAACUGUGGCGAGGUAUUUGGUGAAGAAUCACUUCUACUUUUCGGAAAUCCCUGUGAUCAGAAACGACAAGAUUCCAGUACAGAUUCGGACAGCAUGCACAGUGUUUUGAGCAUGCCCGACUCCAGCAGUGGUGGUACAAAUCGUCGUGAUGACUCGUCUAUAGACAGUCUAGAACGAGAAGUUUACAUAGGACCAGACAUGGAUUCAAGUCCCAAUCUGGCUAAAAGUCACCUUUCACCAUCUAACCUGAGUCGUGACUCAGGACUGAUGCUGAGCGACAACCAGUUAUAUGAUGAUGACAACAGCAGUGUGGAAAUGCUGGUGGACAGAAAAGGUUAUGGUCGCAGUGUGUCACAGUACAUUGAUAGAGACAAUGAGAAAAGUGGACGUUUUGACAAUGUGUGUAGCCAAAGCUGUGAAAACGUCUAUGAAUAUGGACAUCACAAUCCUAAACCGCCUCCAAGAAAAAGCAAACGGAAGGAAAACGAGGUGUCAGACCCAUCACCUAAUAUGGAAAUGCAUCGUCAUCAGACAAUUUACUCUCGGUCAGGUGAUAACAGAUAUGACAAUAGUCCUAAAUCCCCUUUAUCACAAAGUCUUAGUGCUGACGCGUACCACCAGUACAAUCAUGACAGCUCAUCUGAAUCGCUCAGGAGCAUUGAAGAUCGUGUUAAUAUUGCUAGUGAACAAUUUGGAAAUUGGCAAAGACUGCAACGGUCAGAGCAGACUCUGAUUAAGUCAGCCAGUGGGAUGCAUCUUUAUAUAGACAAUGAGGAUUCUCGUUUAGACAUUAAAUCUGCUGGGCGAUCUAACCGUGACAAGCUUACUCGCCAGGCAUCUGUGACAAGUACACCUCCUAUGUCACCACAAUCAAAAUACUCAUUUAGUGAGAGUGUGGACAGUGUAUUGACUGAUUCCUCAAGUUCCUAUCUGCCACACCAGUCAAGUCAUGAUACAGACUUCAGUGACAUGAGCAUGUCUUGGUAUGGUGGGGAUGAUUACCACAGCAGCAUGGAUUCACAUCGUCUGCAACAUAGCUUUGAUGACUCGUCUGUGGACUUCAACAACUCGUCACAAAGGAAACGCUCAAGUGGUGCAAAGUCUGUGUCAAGUCCACGCUUCUAUCAUAAUUCCCCUAGUUCAACCUACCAAAGUCCUAGAGCUCAUACCAGUUUGUCUGUGUGUCGGUCUUUCCCAUUGGAAUCAGGAAAUCUGUCCAAGGGGUCUGGAUCUACAACAUCUAAGGAAGCAGAGGAUAUCAUCAGCAAGCCCAAACUUCCAUUUUCGUCUUAUGCUUCAGAGGAGGUACUUCACAGGCCGAGGUCAACUGAGCCAGCUAUCUCUGUGGUUCCACCAAAGGGAGAGGCAUACUCCUCAAACAUGCCAUUGAAACAGAUUAGCAGGUACAGUUCUGGUCUUGGUACAUCUCCUCCUCCACGCAUUGUCCUUCAAAGCAUGCGCCAAGGACAGGGUCAGAAGAACACUCCUGUUAGGGCAAGUUAUGAUAGUGCUAUAGUUUCUCAGGUACGCAAGAGUAGUUUUGAUAUUGAAUCAAGAAGAGACGUAGAUCACGUAUCAGACUUUCCUACCGUGAUAUCAAAACAUCCUACAUCAUCUCCUAAUACACUUCGUAGGAGUGAAAGUGACAGCGAGAUUAACAAAACACUCACCAAUACUCCAGAUAAAGUACGACCAGACCACCCUCCAUCAUAUGACAUGGCUCUUCAGAGGAACUUCAUGCUUUCACAAGGCAUUCCCAUUGAAAUCACAGAAAGUGAUGAAAAGAAACAGAAAGAAGCCAGUGCUAAAGCCAAAUCGCUGUAUGAGGAUUCUCUGAGGAAAUACAUGGAGGAACACCUCAACAGUCCUAGUACUCAGCGUUUCCUACCUCAGGCAUCACCAGCAAGGAAAGUGGAGGAAGAUAGUGUUGAGGAAUAUGAGGGUAAAACAGAGGAAGAUAUUUAUGUUGAGCUAAAAAAACCUGAGAAAGAUCCCAAAAAAUUGUAUGAGGAGUCAAGAAAAGCAUAUGAGAGAUCUGUACAAGGUGACGUAAAGAGCAACAACUCUAAGACAGGCCAUUCCUCAGGUAGCAUGUCACCAGUUAGAGACAGUCAAACGUUGGCUGUACCAGUAUGUAACCUUCACCGAAGUUAUAGUGACUCAGCUGACCACAUGUUGAGGAAAAGUCCUAAGCGUGAACGGUCACCUUUAGCAACAGAAACUGUGAGGAGGGACUCGCGUACAAACACACGAGGGGGCUCCCCUCAUCACAGAGGACUUUCCCCAGACAAUAUGGGAAUAUCCCCUCACAAUAGGUCUGCUUCUCCUAACAACAACAGCAGACUGAGUUAUUCCUCUUCUAGUGUUUCCAACAGUUCCUCGGACACUGUAACAGACACCCAGUUGGCAGCCUCUCCCAGUUAUAGGGAGAGGGCUGAGUCAAGUCCAGUCAUCACCAGACAUGUGUUCCCUACGGCUGAAUCUUACUCAACCAACUAUGCUCAAAACAGUGCUAAAUCAAGAGACAUAUCCCCAGCCUUCAGGACCCCCCAGGGGUAUGAGAAAACAGUGUAUAGUACCAGUUCUAGUCGGGAUUCCUCACGGGAUUCUAGAUACUCAACAGAGAGUAGUAGAGACAAUGUUAGCCAAAAUCUCUCAAAAGAACUGGAAAAUGUGACUAUUUCAGCCAAGGACUCCCCUCAGCAUCAUGUGUCAAAUAAAGACUUAACUGAUAAGGUUGUUCUAAGAAAACAUUCAGGUUCACGAGUGGUGAGUGGUAAUCGUGGUGAUGGAAGAAUGUCACAACAUCGGACUAGUAUUGCAACCACAACAGGCACGGAUUUGAGAAAAUUUAGCAAUUCUCCAGGAAGGAGAAAUGAGGAAGUGAGACACUCUUCUGAACUUCCCUGGAGUGUAAAACAUCUCAGGACAAUCUACCAGAAGCAGGGUAAAAGUGGAGAGGCCACUACGGAGACCUCCGUAGCUGGACCUCCUCCAUACCAACCUCCUCCACCCUUUCGUAGAAACAUUGACAACACUCGAAUGAGUACCUCAAGUAGUAGUAGUGCUGGAAGUACGGGUGGUAGGAGUACACCUCCUACGUGGCCCCAUAGUGUUCACUCUCGAGUGCGAGGGGAGGGACCACAAACACACGACAGUUCUGCUGAGGAUUCAGACACCUCUAGUCGCUACUCAGGGCAAAGUAGACGGGAUACCACAAGUAGUUCAGAUGAGCAGGACUCAGUCGUAUCAUAUUCGAGGACCUACUACACAGACAUCUCGUAUGUGUGAUGUAUAGGUCUAAAUGUGUGCCUUUGUGUUCCAUGUUAUGUGUUACCAUGGAAAACUGACUACAGCAACACUGCCCCUGUGAUAUUUCCUAGAUUCUACAGAUCAAUCUAAUGGUUUGUACUAUAAAAUACUAACAAGGUUUAUAUGGAAAAAGACACUUGAUUAAAUACUUUGCUACCAAAAUGCAUAAGAAUUUGGUCUUUAGGGUGCUCAGAUUUUUGUAUGAAUUAGUAGCAAUAUUUGCUGAUUUUUUAGCAAAAGGAACAGCUGAUAUACCUUUUUCUUUUUAUACAAAAUAAAAGUUAUGUUUGUAUUAAAUGAUAUUCAAAACCAGUAAGAGAUUACGCUGUUGUAUUGUGUCUGUGUUUGGAGAACAAGAAUGUGUGUUUGUAUGUUUGUAUUAAUGACUUCUGUGUGUGUAAGCGUAUGUAUGGCUAAUGGUUAUGAAUCUGUACAAACACAAAAGGCAGCAACUUGUUUAAGAAAUAUUACUAACUUUCAAGGAAAUAGACAUUAAAAAAAUGAAAUAAUUAUAGCCAGACUGAAAUUUACAGUGCUUUCUGAAAGAUGUCAUAACUGACUAAAAUUGUCAUGAGUUGUUUUCCUAAGUAAUGUGCUAUAACUGUAGAAAUACCUUUAUCAAAGUACAUAACCUUGUAUUUUAUCUACAUAUGAAUACCUCUGAGCUGACCUCAAGUUGGGCGUGAAUUUGUAAAUUUGUAAUUAUUCUUGUAUAUCUGAUUGGAGAAAAUCCCAUGAUGCAAUGUAAUGUAUAUUUUGAGCAUGACGGGUUAUUUAUAUCUGUACAUACAAGACUCCCUGGGAGCUACAUGUAUAAAACAUUCGUGCCAAUAUUACUGAUUUUUCAAAUUACCUCUGUACACGUUAUUAUAAAUAACUUGUUGCCUCUUUGAUAUACAAGAACUGGUGCAAGAUUUUAGACAACAUUCUGCUUAUUUUAACACUAAAGCUUGCAUAAUAUUGAUUGAAACCAAAACAAUUUUGAUAAGCAGUUUACAUACUAACAAUAAAGCAACUGUAAUUCCUGUGAGAGUUCGAAUUGAUGCUUUUAGAUUCACAGGGAAGAAAUGUAACUAAAGCUGAAAUUAGCGUUACAUUGUUAAAUGUUUUCUCAAUAUAAAGCAAAUCAAAAAAUCAUCAAAAUGGCAAAACAUUAUUAAUUCUCAGCUUUUUUUUAAACUUUUUAAUUUGAAAUUUACAAGUGUUUUGAUAAUGCUGAUAAUUCCCAAAUAUUAAGUUUUAAAUAAAAGGACAAGAGAUAAAGUGACUGGUUGCCAUGAUGACCUUGUUGUAUUGGGCAAGAGGUUUGGGUAUGGAUGUAUGUAGUGUACCAGUGAACAGCAUUUUAUCUUGUACAAAUACUGGAGCAAAAGUAGCAUAUCCACUAAGCAAUCCAUAUGAACAAACAAUAAUAAAAUAUAAUAUACUAUAAA